AACGUAACUUUGACAGUGACAUUAGUUUCGUUAUCAAAAUUUGCCCGUGCUAUUUGUUUUGGUUUAAAACAGGAAUAUAUAACUGAACACAAAAUAACUUCCGUUACAUAAUACAACAAUGUUUUAAUUAAAUUUCAACAAAAAAAGCAACUAUGAUGGAGCAAAUAUACGCACUCGGCGUCAGCUGCAUAGAAUGCGUGCAAUACUGGCUUGCAGACUAUGACUCGUACUUUGAGCUCGUGAACCACAUGUGCGACCCUCAGCUGAUGGUAGACUACCUGUUCCCGCUCAUGUCUAUACUAGACUCCGUGUUUGCUGCCCAGCUGCUACUGUGUUUAGGGGUCGGAGGCUGGCUUAAUGCUCUUAUGAAAUGGUGGCUCCUAGAAGACCGACCGUACUGGUGGGUCAGAGAGACCACAUUCUACACAGAUGAGAAACCAGUUCUGCGUCAAACGCUGCAGACUUGUGAGACCGGACCAGGCUCUCCAUCCGGCCAUUCUACUACUGCAGCCAUGAUGCUGAUUCUGUCACUCAUGUGGCUGUCACAUGUUAUGAAUGAUAGAAAAUGCUACAUCUCGUGGUGGAAGUACCUCAUGUACCCUCUAUGUGUGGCGGCGCUUAUCUCCGUCAUGCUAGCGCGCUUGUUUAUCGCGACUCACUUCCCGCACCAGUGUCUACUUGGAGCCCUAGUGGGUUCAUUCCUAGCGCCAGCGCUCUGCAUCUACGUAUCGGACCCGUACAUCUGGCAGUACGGAGCCCCCUCGCCCCGCUCGGCGCUUGGCGCGGCGUGGCGCGCGCUGGGGGCGGCGGGCGCUGCGCUCGCAGCCGUCGCCACGUACUACGGUCUGCGAGCCGCGGGCACUGACCCGCACUAUACUGUGCAGCUGGCCUUCCGUUGGUGCGAAAAUCCUGAAUCGAUCCGCGUGUCCACAACGCCGAUGUACGCACUGGUUCACUCGACCGGCAGUCUGAUGGGAUGGGCGCUGUGCGUCACUCCUGCUGUAGCUGAGUACCGCCACUACACCAAAGACCGAUCACUCAUAAUAUCUAUAUUCACAACAAUAUUAUUCCUCAUGGGAUACCAAAAUAUACAAGAUAAUAUGUGCAAAGCGGAUGCGACCCGGUUUUAUAUAAUGCAGUAUGUUUUAGCUGGACUCAAACCCAUGUUGUUGCUUCGAGUCAUGCCAACUAUAUCUAUGUGGCCUUUCAGAAUUAAGACUAAAGUUGACUAAGUUUAGUCAAAAAGUUGAAAAAAAUAGUAAAUUUUUAGUAUCAGAGGCCUUUUUUAAGAUAGUUUGAUGUCAUCAUGAUUAGCUUUUUUAUUGUUACACUGCUGUGUAAACUAUGCUUCUUUUUAAGUCCGGUUUUUUUAUGUUUUUUCUUCACCGUUGCACCGCUUUCGCUAUUAUGUAAGUUUUCAAUUAAAUGACUUUGGUUUUGACUGUACUUUGACAAGGCUUUGACUGUACCAUAUGACUUUGACUGUACCUUGACACGACUUUGAUUAUGCCAUGACACGACUUUGAUUUUACCGUAUUACGACUUUGACUGUACCUUGAUACGACGUUGACUGUCGCGUGAAACGACUUUGACUGUACCAUGACACGGCUUUGACUGACUCGUGAUGCGACUUUGACUGUGCCAUGACACGACUUUGAGUGUACCUUAAUAAUAAAUAGGACUUUGACUGCAACGUAUGAUACGACUUACCAUGACACGACUUUGACUGGUCCAAGACAUGUUUUGACUGUACUAUGACUCGACUUUGACUGUGCAAUGACACGACUUUGACUGUAUCUUGACACGACUUUGAUUAUACCAUGACACGACUUUGACUGUAUCUAGACACGACUUUGAUUAUAACAAUGAUACGACUUUGACCCCAUGAUACGACUUUGGUUGUACAUAGACACGACUUCCACUAUACCCUUGAUACGACUUGGUCCAUGACAACAUUUGACUGUACUGUAACAUGACUUUAACUGUAUCUUGACACAACUUUGAUUGUACCACUACACAACAUUAAAAGGACGAGACAUGACUUUGACUAUUCCUUGACACGCCUUUGACCGUACCAUGACAUGACUUUGACAGGUCCACGAUUUGACAGUGCCUAGGACUGUUAUAUUUAUUUUGCAUUAGUUUUAACUACGCCUCGCCACUUUGUCUUGGUUUGUAGGCUCUUAUUAUAUUAAUUAGCACAAUUUAAAAAAAUAUGGCUCAUUUUGCAAAAUUGCUGUUUUUGCAUUCAAUUGAAAUUCCAUUAGAAAAAUAAGAAUGUCUAAAAAUACUUAGGCACGAUGUUCUUUCAAAUGCUUUUGCACUAUAAUAUGUCCUGCGCAGCUGGUUGUUCUCCUUAUAUGAGAACAGCCGCCGUGGCUGAAAUUGGUCUUCGACGCCAUUAUUAUUUUUAGUUUAUUUUACGUAAAUUAUAAUUUGACAAGUGUUUUACAGUUCUGUGGUACAAAAUGCGGGUUUGUUAAUAUUUUUAUUCCAUAGUAUUUAUUUUUAAUUACAACUCUGUGAUAUUGCCAAAAUAUGUUUUUUUUUUGUUUUCACGAUGGACCAAGUCCUGUAAAAAAGAGAAAAUAAUAGGAAAAUUUCACUUUUUUAUAUGUAUAGAAGCUAUGUAAUAUAAUUAUUUACCUUCUACCAAAAAUAUAAUGUAAUAGCACAAUUUUUAUUAAGUUACUUGCACUGGGUAAACCUGUCUUUUUUUA